CAACUUUUAUUUAUUUCUUUAUCCUUUCUGCCACCACCCAGCACAAAAAUGCAGACACCCUUUGCCAGCUAAAUUUCAGUGAUUCAGCUAUCUAGCCCAUUUAGCCAUCUCCAACAUUACUAUUGUCUACAUUGCAUUAAACAUAAAUAUAAAAAUAAAUCAUAUAGUGUCAUAUACAUAGUGGCCAAAUUACAUAUUCUCAGAUAUGGGAAGAGCUCCUUGUUGUGAGAAAGUGGGUUUGAAGAAGGGAAGAUGGACCGCAGAGGAGGAUGAAAUUUUGACCCAAUAUGUUAAGGCAAAUGGGGAAGGUUCUUGGAGGUCAUUGCCCAAAAAUGCAGGUUUGCUUAGAUGUGGUAAAAGUUGUAGAUUAAGAUGGAUUAACUAUUUGAGAGCUGAUCUCAAAAGGGGAAAUAUUUCUUCUGAAGAGGAAAGUAUCAUUAUCAAGAUGCAUGCUUCUUUUGGCAACAGGUGGUCCUUGAUUGCAAGUCACUUGCCAGGCAGAACAGACAACGAGAUUAAAAACUACUGGAACUCACACUUGAGUAGAAAAGUUUACAGCUUCCGAGGAACAUCAACAACAAAUUAUAAUAAUAUCAAAGAGAUAGAGAUUCCAUCAGAAGAAGGAAUCAUAGUGGAUACACCUCCCAAACGUAAAGGUGGUAGAACUAGUCGAUGGGCUAUGAAGAAGAACAUACGAUAUAUAUCCCAAAAUGUUUUCCAAAAAAGUGAACCUGCUUCAAUUGUUACACUUCCACCCACCCCUACACUAGAGACCGAGAAAAUGGUUAUGGGCUCAGUAAAUGGGCCUUGUUCUAGUGGUGAAAAUAAUGAUAUUGAAGCUGAUUGUGACCGUAUGUUUGGACCAGAUCUGAAGGUCAUUAAUGAUGGUGAGUUGUUAGAUUUUAAUGAUAUUAUCAUGGAUGCUUUGGAGGUGGAAGAGGUAAAAGAAAGUAAUGAUGAAAAUGUGGUUGUGAUUAAUGAAAUAGUGGUGGGGGACAAAGACACCAACACAAAUGGAACAAAGGGCAUAGAGAGAAAUGAUAAUGUGACGAAUCAAUGUUCGAAUGAGGAGUUAAAUUCUUCGGGUUUGGAUGAUAACUUGGAUUGGGAGAGUGUUAUGCCAUUGUUGAAUCAGAAAGGUCAAUCGUUGCUGUGGGAGCAAGAUGAAAACAUGCUGACUUGGUUGUUGGAUGAUGAUCAAUGGGAAAAGGAUUUUCAGAGAUUUCGAGAUAUUGAUCCUCAAAAGCAAAAUGCUUUGGUUUCUUGGUUUUAAUCUUCAACUUUAGCACUUUACUUUUUGGGUAUACUGUUUAGCUUUUGGAAUGUUUUCGGGUGUAAAAAAAUUAACUAAAAACAGGGUACCGUUUUAUUUUCACACAAAAAAUAGUAGUAUUUCAAAUUCACUCGUGCAUGUAGUGAUUAUAUGAAGUAUAAAUAUGUAAUAGUAUGUUUGUUCA